GACAAAAAAUUUGCAGAGCCCAUACUGUUCGUUCUGAUCGACGGUGUUCGACUUCUCAGUCCUCACUCUUCUCUUCUGAAAUGGGUAACCCCCACCAGUUCAUCAUCUUGUUUCACCGUCAGAAUUUGUGUGGGGAUGGGGAGCUAUUGGGUGAAGCUCCUCACACAAAUCAGACUAUGCUCUAUGAAUGCUUGAAAGAUUUGAGUAUGGGAAGCAAAUUACAAAAUCCAAAUUUUCAUAUUGAUAUUUCUAUUGAGGGAGUCAUGCUUAGAGGAGUGGCUGGUGUGAACUUUAGGUACAAUGAAUGGUUGAAUGCAAUUAGUUGCGUAUGGAUGGCUGAAGAUGCACAAGGGAUGUUCAGAGGUAGCAGUCCAGCUUCAGAUCCUACUUUUAUGGUUGUGGAAUUUGUUGGAGACCAUUUCAAAGAAGGAUUAAGAACACACAUAAAGUUGCUAGCAUGUUGGUAGAGAAGAAGAAUCGCCUCCCGAAUGGAUGCCGUGAUAAACUUCAUUGAUUUUUUAUUUUUUUCCUGUCAUAUCUAUUUUGUUCAACUGGUUGGGGUUUUUACAUGCAUCCAAGUAAUAAUUUGGACGACAAUUUUAGUACUGUUUUCAUGUAAUAUAUAGAUAUACAUAUAAAGAUAAU